GCUUGGGUGUGUGCAACAGCAGCCACACACAAACAGCCAUAGCCUGUACUGAAUAAACAGGAUUGCUGGUUGGGCUCAUACUAACUUUGAUUAGUUCUCAUUAUUGUGUUAGAGAAAGGGAGAAUACACCUCUAUACUAACUUUGAAAUACACCAGACAGAAUCACGUGACAGCAGUGUAACGCCAUGCUAAAAGCUGGAAACGAUUUGGGCCUGUCACCGGCUGAACGGGAUAUCAUUAACCUCGUUCAACAGGGGGUUUGUUUUCAUGAAGGAUUUGCAUCUUCUAAUAUGCUAUCGGUUAAAUCUGUAUUAAAACCAAACUUGUUUCGUGGGAAUGUUGCAGUUGUAACUGGUGGAGGUACAGGAAUUGGUAAAGCAAUUGCUUCAGAGCUUGCUAGCCUUGGUUGUAAUGUGGUUAUAGCAUCAAGGAAUGAAAGUAAACUCAAUGAUGCUGCAGAAGUAUUAAACAGGAAUCCUACUUUAUCCGGCCGAAUCACUCCAAUGCAGUGCAAUAUAAGAAAACCUGAUCAAGUGAAAACUUUGUUCAAGAAUACAGUAAAAAUGUUUGGGAAAUUGGACUAUCUGGUUAACAAUGGUGGGGGACAGUUUCUGUCUCCUGCUGAGAAUAUUUCUCCAAAGGGUUGGCAUGCUGUCAUUGAAACAAAUCUUACUGGGACGUUCUAUUGUUGCCAAACUGUUUUCAACGAGUGGAUGGCGGAAAACGGGGGUGUUAUUGUAAAUAUUGUUGUGGAUAUGUGGAGAGGCUACCCUUUUCUUUCUCACACUGGGGCAGCAAGAGCUGCUGUUGACAACCUUACCAAGUCACUUGCAAUUGAAUGGAUUUCAAAAGGUGUACGAAUCAACUCAGUUGCACCGGGAACUAUUUUCUCCGAAACAGCUGUUGCAAACUACCCACCAAACACAUUUGAUGAAGCAAAAAAAAUUCAACCAAGCUGCAGAUUGGGUGUACCAGAAGAAAUAUCUGGAGUUGUUUGUUUUUUGUUGUCCCCAGCUGCAUCCUUCAUUACAGGUGAAACUGUUAAGGUGGAUGGGGCACAAAGUUUAUAUGAUCAACCAAUAAAAGUUCCCCCUCAUAAUAAAUUGCCAACAUGGAAGUGGAGCAAGUUGUUCUUUAUUAGUGGAACAAACUUUAAAGUACCAAACAUUUUCAAUUAUAUGAGAACUCAUACAAUAAUGGGAAGUCAGAAGUUUUUAUAUGAUAGGCGGGUAUUCAAAAUGACCAUCUUGAAGGGGGAUACCAACGAAAAAUGAAAAUUUGUAUAUGAAUGGAGAUUUCUAAAUUUGACCUAAAGUACCAUCAAGUUUCCUAAGAUUAUACAAUGCAUGGGAUUUCCCAUAGGUGGAGAAAAAUCCAAUUUUAUUUUGUAUUUAGUAUAAUGAAUACUUCUUCUUCAACAAUAUACAAAAAAAUAUAAAAAUGUAUACUUUGUUAUGUUUUAAUUUUUUGGUAGAAUGUAGCUACAUACCAGAAUAUGCUGACUCAUCAAUUUUUCAAUAUAUCAGUGGCUCAUCUUGUAUAAAAACGUAGUGUAUUUCCAACGUUUCGCCUGCCAUACGGCGAGACUUCAUCAGGGAAAAAUCAUUUCUUUUAAAAAAAAAAAAUGAAACUGCCGGUAUACAUUUUUUUAUAUUAAAAUGUUCACUAUGUCUUACUGGUACCCGUUGUAUCAUUUUGUUUUUUUUUAAAGGAUGGUCCUGGCGUUUUUUUAUUGGAAAUUCCAUGCAUUUUCGCUCGAGCUUUGAGCCUAGUCGACCGUUGUAAUAAUAGGGUAAAUUAAUAUUAUGCUAAAUAGUUUAACACGUGUUUAUCCAUUAGAGCUUUGCUACCUUGUUUUUUUAGUGUUUUUUUCACACUUGUUUUAAUUUUAGCCUUUUAUCUCUUCCAACUAAAAGCUCUUAACUACACUAACCACUCCCUCUAACCAAUAACUGGCAACCUCUUAACACCCUUCUAACACCUUAAUCUGUAACUUACUGGUAUCGUGAUAUAUAAAUAUGUUCCGACCGUUAAUUUUGUACCGGUGUCGUGAUAUAUUCAUUUCUAUUGAUAUAUUUGUACCGGGAGCUGUUGCGCAUGCGAAGUAGGUCGAAACAAAUGACCAGCACCCGGUACAAAAUUAUUACCACCCUUGAAAACAUUCCAGACACAGUGUUUUCAUGUUGAAACUAAUUUUUCGAUUUAAGGUCAGUCGAACUAAGAUGAGUAGGUUAUUCCUAGCCUAGAAUAAGAAAAUACCACUAACAAACUUUUUUAGAUUAGUUUAAGCAACGGUACCGUUGGUUUAAGGUAUACUUUACUUAAUUUACUAACACUUUUCUCAAACAGAAUACCUUAUGCAUACCAUACUUUUCUUGUUGAAAAUUACUUUAAAAAUAUGCUGUGUUAUACAAAGUGAAUAUUUGCCUUAGUUGAUAAAAAUAAAUAAUGCUAAA